CCUGCAGCUGGUGUACUUCUGGUACUUCUGAUGUCACCAUGGGAUGCUCCUUUAGCUCACUGUAGACUUCUGUGCCACACAUAAGCCAAUGAGCAGGCGGAGGCUUGUUCACAUUUGCCAAUCGGAACUACAAUCGCGGGAUGAGUAGCCCAGUCUCUGGCGGCAUUUCAAAGAGAGGAGCUACAGCUUAAGCGCAAGGAAGAACUUUUUGGCAUCAGGAGCUGCAGCAAGAGCGGUGCCGUUCAUGGAGGAGCUGGACUAUUGAGGGAGAGGGUAUACAGCCAAGCUCAUCCACCCCAGAGGAUGGAGCAGCCAACAUCAACGCCACCGCAGCCACAACAUCCACCAAGCCAGCCCCAACAGCACGAAGCUAUUACUUUUGGUAUUGAUCAAAUUCUGAGCAGUUCUGACCAGGAAAACUCUUCACAGUCCACGAGCCGAGGCUCAGGUUCUGAAAACGCUGGGUACCAAUUGGCAGGAGCAGGUCGUACAGGGCCACCUUACCAGUUUCACGGCCUAGGAGCACCAUUCGAUGACUCUGGAUCUUACAGCGUGAGCCUCAGCCUAGCUCCAGCAGCAGGAGUGAUCCGUGUCCCUGCACACCGACCUAUUCCCGGUGCUGUGCCUCCACCUCCCAUGCCUGCUGUAUCCACUCUCGGAGGUCUCAACUUUCCUUGGAUGGAGAGUAGCCGCCGUUUUGUCAAGGACCGUUUUACAGCCGGAUCUCUACUAUCUCCAGCAGCCUUGACGCCCUUCACAGUGACCCGCAGGAUCGGACAUCCUUACCAAAACAGGACCCCGCCGAAGAGAAAGAAGCCACGGACGUCUUUUUCAAGGGUACAGAUCUGUGAACUAGAGAAACGCUUCCACCGCCAGAAGUAUCUGGCUUCGGCCGAGAGGGCGGCGCUCGCGAAGUCUCUCAAAAUGACCGAUGCCCAAGUAAAGACCUGGUUCCAGAACCGCAGGACCAAGUGGAGGAGGCAGACGGCCGAGGAAAGGGAGGCAGAGAGGCAGCAGGCCAACCGACUGAUGCUACAGCUGCAGCACGACGCCUUCCAAAAAUCCCUCAACGACUCCAUCCAGCCGGACCCCCUCUGCCUGCACAACUCUUCUUUAUUUGCACUUCAGAACUUGCAGCCUUGGGAUGAUGACAGCACUAAGCUGCCACAAGUCACUUCCUUGGUGUGAUGGGAAGUCAGGGAAAGGGAGGAUGUCCUGCUGCUAAACACAAAUAUAAAUUUGCCAUAAAACUGCUGCGGUCAUUCUCCUUGUCCUCUUCCUGGUACUGCGCACAGACAUCCACUCCAGAGCUGGGCACCAAGUGACGGGCAUGGGCAAAGAAGGGGUGCUUGGAGCACCGUAGUGCAGUAACAGAUUUCCCUGGUGAGAACUCCUUGUCCCUUAAAAGUCACCCCACCUUACAGAUCAAAGGGGAAGUAUUUGUGCAGUUUAUGGUAGCAGCAAACCAACUCUGGUAUCUACCUGUCUGCUAACACUUCUAAAGAUACUGGUAUCUGAAGGCCGGCACUUCAAAGAGUUGCUAACUGAUUUCAUAACAUGCAGGGUAAAAAGAAAAUAUUAACAUUUAAACGAGACAGAAGUUUGGGACAAAAAAAUCUGCUUCCGUGUUUUCACCGUGGAUCACAGCAUUCAGAUCAUCAGCUACCCAGGUGCAUAAACUUUUUAUAACACUUCCAGGACUGCAAGAUGACAGGUUGUCCCGACUGUUGUGAAAUGGAAAUCAUGCUUACUCUGUUAGUAAAUCUGGGGCCUGCGGGGUGGGUUAAUGUUGAUUGAUGGGUCAUAAGAUAUCAAUUCAUAUCGCAUGUGUUGUUAACAAGGACAGGUGAAAAAUGUCUGUUCUUCUCAGAUGUUGUAUUAAAGCAACAACAGUGACAUUUACAAAAGUAACACUUGUGGCUUUCACACAGAGUUCUUGCAUAGUCUAAACUUGGCAACGACAACUUGUUGAGGUCACUGGAAUAAAUCUCUGCAUAAAUGACUGGCAAAGACUUGGUCAAAUGACCAUCAGAUAUGGAAUUCAGUCACUAGUUCUACAGCCACACCAUGUUACUAUAAUACUUCAGAAUUCUUCCUGACAUGAAUCUAUGAUGUCCCACUACAUUAAAAAAAAAACGGAGUCCUGUCCUCUGCAGCAAUAUGAAUUUAUUUUUAAAAAUAAAUGCAAAAUUCAGGAAACGCCCGUCUUGUCUUGUCUAUGUCAAAUGUCUUGGUCUGCAAAGGUUUGGGCCUGGAAAAGUUGACAUAUUUUGUAUGCAUCCUCUAUAACACAUGUUCCAAGCAUGACGGAGUUAUCUUACUACUAACUUUAAGUUAUUAUUUAAAUAAACAAAAAGCACCUUGAAAAUGAAUUUUAUAUAUCUAUAUAUUGCGUGUUGCAUAAACAAACGUAUGCAACAGAACUGUAAAUGCACAAAUGUGUACAUGUAUGCACACCUUUCCUAUCUGUAUAUUCUGGUUAUAGGGUUCCAAUUACACUUUAUUUAAAGCCAUUCUCCUUUUAUGCGGAAUUAAUUUUAUGCCGAAGGUACUGUAUAUAGCGCAAUUUCACAUUUUCCACUGUAUAAUAUCACAGAAAUGAAAGGAUUGUUUUUUUCGGUCCUUGUAUAAUAUAUACUUUGUACUUGACAGAAAUGUAAAUAAAAACGUUUCUUAAAAGUGUACCAUAUGUGUUCCUGCGUAUAGUGGGUA